AUGUUCCAUCGCCUUAGAGAACUCAUCCGUCUAAACAAGAAGACCGAGAAUGGUCGGGAAAUCGUCGAGAAGGCGGUGUUUGCCAUGAAGCCGGAGCUGAGAAGGGCGGUUGAGCGUCAAACCCUCACUUGGGAGGAGGAAGAGCUAACUCGAACGAAGCUAGAGGCGAGGUGCCGGCAAAUCGAAGAAGCCCUCUACACCAGGGAGCCGAGACGCGCGCUGGUAAAGAUGGUCAAGGGAGACUUAGCCGGUAAACUGGGAGGGAUGUCACUUUUUGGGGCGUCCUCAUCGUGGGGGAACGAGAGGAAGCGGGAGUCAAACGACAGCGGUGAAGCCAAACUCAAGAGCCAGAGCAAGGGGGAGCGCCGGCGCGAGAAGACGCUGAGGAGGACUCUCAAGAGGAGGACGAUCAGUGAAGCCCCUUUAUGGCGUGGUCAGCGACCGUACAGGGAGCGCCGGCGCAUCUCCGAGCUUUGGCGCUCGGCAAUGGCAGACGAGGGGCCGCAGCUGCGCCUAGCACGCAGGCGCAGCGAGACACCACCCCUGCCGUGCGCGCGUCUCGCAAGGCUGAGCGCCUCGCAGCACGAGCCAAAGAGGACCGUCUGCGCAAGGGAGGUCCAUCGCCGCCGUUCAAGCUCAAGGGAGAGCGGCCGCCGCCGGGCACCUGAGACCGAGGGGGAGAAGGAAUCUGAGGAAGAAGAGGCGCCGGCAAGAAGAAGGCGGGCUGCGCGGGGGAAAGAACCACAGGCAAUCCACGAGGUUCGCUUUCCCCCUGCUUUCCAGUCCUGA